AUGUCAGUGCGAGAAACAGGUUAUUAUGACUCUCUUGGAAUUAAACCAACAGCCAAUGAUGAAGAAAUUAAAAAAGCAUACAGAAAAAUGGCAAUCAAAUAUCAUCCAGAUAAAAAUCCAGGAAAUACAAGUGCUGAAGAAAAAUUUAAAGAAAUUACUGAAGCAUAUGCUGUUCUUUCUGACCAUAACAAGAGAGAAAUAUAUGAUAAGUAUGGAAAGGAAGGACUUGAAAAAGGAGGAAUGAAAAGAUAUGAUAUGGAUGAUAUUUUGUCACAAUUCUUUGGUGGAUUUGGUGGGUUUAGUGGAUUUGGAAGAAGAUCUUCUGGUCCAAGAAAAGGUCAAUCGAUUCAAAUCUCAUUAAAUUGUACUUUAGAAGAUUUGUAUAAUGGAAAAACUUUCAAAAGAAAGAUUACACAUGACAUUAUUUGUAAGGCAUGUUCUGGAAAUGGAACUAAGUCAGGGAAUAAAGCCCAAAUUUGUGGUACAUGUAGAGGAAAAGGAUUUAGAUUUGUUCAAAUACAACAAGGAUUUUGCAUUAUGCAGAGACAAGAGGUUUGUCCAAAAUGUAAAGGAGAAGGAGUUGUUGUUAAUGAAAAAGACUUAUGUAAAAUGUGUCAUGGAGAUAAAGUUGUUAGUGAAGAAAAAAUACUUGAAAUUAUUGUUCAGCCAGGUAGUCAUGAAAAUGAAAAGAUUGUUUUUCCAGGAGAGUCUGACCAAGCUCCAGGGAUAAUCGCAGGUGAUGUUAUAUUUGUAAUUAAAACGAAAGAACAUCCAAUAUUUGAACGAAAAGGAAGCGAUUUAAUUAUGAGCAAAACAAUUACUUUGAAUGAAGCAUUGACUGGAGUUGCUUUUAUUGUUAAGACAUUAGACGGAAGAGAACUUUUUAUUGAAGGGAAAGAUGUUAUUGAACCAAAAAGUUAUAUGUGUGUAAUUGGUGAAGGUUUUACUAUUAAACAUCAUCCAGAAGAACAUGGUGAUUUAUAUAUCUAUUUUGAAAUUAAAUUCCCUACCAAUGCUGAAAUUAAAAAUUCUCUUGAUGUAUUAAAGAAAGUACUUCCUUCUGGAAAUACUUUUCCAAUGAAAGAUGACAAGUAUAUUAUUUGUCCACUUGUUCCAUCUUCUGGUCCUAAUCAAUCUUCUGGAAAUACUUAUAGACAAAACCAAAUAGAUUCAGAUGAUGAAGACGACUACUCAAGAGGAAAUGGUGAAUGUACUUCCCAAUAA